AACCCUCUCACUAGUUGUCACUCUCACUUUACCACUCCCCCCCCCAUUUUCUCUCUCUCCUUUGUCGCAUGCAACAAGGACUUUGGGAUUUCGACAUGGACUGUUCCGCUUCUGAAGAAGACCUUCAUGCUUCCAUCUCCAAGAAACUCAAGCAAACUCAGGGCUGUGAUCCUGGGAGCUCUGCUAGUUUAGCAGGAUUGGUAGAUAGUUUUGAACCCCUCAAAAGUUCAGGAUCAAUCAAUUCAAAAGCUGUCAAAAGUUCCAAUGAAUCGUCAUGUUUUGAUGAUGAUGUACUGAACACGGAAGAUGAUUGUGAUGACGAUGACGAUGAAUAUGAUUUUGAUGACGAUGAUGUCUAUCUGUCUGAUGACGCUUAUUCGACUCUUGAAUCUCAAUUUGACAAUGUGGAUUUGCCUCCUGGUGUGGAAGCUUCACUUCCCUGGUUGAAGGAUCCUUCUCCAAGUGAAAACACCUCAUCCACUAAGAAAUUAAAUAUUUCGGAUGCACUAUCCGUCACUGGUCUACCAUCUGCAGCUGGUUCAAUAUCUGCAGCUGGUCCUUCUGAGUCAAGUUCUAGUAAGGAUGUAGAAGACAGCAAUGAUGAUAGUCUCAAGCAAAAAUAUCAACAAUUCAAGCAAUUUGAUGUUGUGGAGGAUUUCACAGAUCAUCACUAUAGCUGCAUGGGAUUUUCUGAUGAGCAGCCACCCAAGAAUUGGGCAAAGCGAAUUCAGGAAGAAUGGAAGAGUUUGGAGAAUAACUUGCCAGACACUAUAUAUGUGCGGGUUUAUGAAGCAAGGAUGGAGCUUCUGCGGGCAGUGAUUAUAGGACCUCCAGGCACUCCUUACCAUGAUGGUCUUUUUGUCUUUGAUUGUCUCUUCCCCACCGACUAUCCUAAUUCACCACCUAUGGUGUACUACUACUCUGGUGGUCUUCGGCUAAAUCCAAAUCUAUAUGAGUGUGGGAAAGUUUGUCUCAGUCUUUUAGGCACGUGGAGCGGUAAACAGAGAGAAAAUUGGAUACCUGGGGAAUCAACAAUGCUACAGGUUUUGGUCUCCAUACAAGCUCUUAUUCUGAAUGCAGAACCCUUUUUCAAUGAGCCUGGGUAUGAGACAUCAUAUACUGGAGCCGAAGGGCAAAGGCAAUCCAAGAAGUACAAUGAAGAGGUCUUCCUUAUGUCUCUUAAGACAAUGAUGUAUACAUUAAGGAAGCCACCUAAGUAUUUUGAGGACUUCGUCUCAGGUCAUUUCCGGAAUCGUGCUCAUAAUAUUCUGGCAGCAUGUAAGGCAUAUUCUGAGGGUAAGGUGGUAGGGUCUGCUAUUGGAGAUGCAGUGCAGAGCGGAGCUGAAAGUGGCUCAAUGAAUUUUAAGUUGUCUGUGGCUAAGAUGAUGAAUACAGUUGCUACACAUUUCACUAGAAAUGGGUCAACAGACUCUGAGCAGUUUCGAGGUGCAGCCUGAACCACACAUUUGACUAGCUGACUUGAUGGGAUUGAGACGGUAAAUAAGAGAGUUAAUGAUGCCUUUUAGCAUGCUGGAAUGGAUUUGAAUUUCCAGGACCUGAUUUUUGGUGGUCUCCUGUAAACUGAUACUACGAAAUUGGGUAGCUGGAUUUCUUUCGUUUCUAUUUCACUUGCUAUUCCCUGUCAAUGUAUAAUAGUAGGAUGACUUGGAGAAAUGAUUUUCAGCUAGACUUAGCUGGUUGCUGCAUGGUUUUAUCAAUUUUAUGUGGCUACAUUUCUGCUUGGUACAGAUAGGAGCUGUAAGUAAGCUAUCAUGUCAUUAGGUGAUGGACAGUCAGGUAGGCACUAGUAAUGUGUAUAGCUCUGAUGCAAUCGGUCUUCUUAUGUAGUUAUGUUU